AUGUCGGCCCCUGUCGGACGAAGUGUUCAUACGUCCGGAAAUAAGCCACUGGAACCAUUGUACGCCCUGUCUGUAAGCGAGUAUGUGAACAGACACGAGAAUGGUACUAUAAUCGAACAGCGCAACGAGGAGACGAUUUUGAAACGGUUCAAUGAUCUUCGGACCUCUUUCAAAGCCUGGCCCAUAGCGCAAAUUGAUUGCUUGGCAAAUUCUUUUACGACGACCUGGCUCCUCCUUGUCCCGGUCCCUAAACAAUCUGAAGACCUCAUCUUUCCCGCUCUCACCGACAACUUCCGCAUCGAGUUUGAAGAAAGAAUAAAGCUUUCGAACAGGACUUAUUCUCUUGUCAAUUUGUCAGCAACUCGCGUGAAAAACCCGUACGAGGAUAUGGAGAGCACCGUCGGCCCAGAGAUCGUGAAAUGUGCGGCCUUCAACGUCCAGGUUCCACGUGCGGUGAAGAAUGAGGAAGGCGAUCAAGAGAUUCUCGAGCUGAUGAACCACAUGGAGACAGCCUCUACACUCGAUGAUUUUGAAAGCCUAACCUUGGACCAAACAUCCCAGCAAAAUAUCUUCAUUACAUGGGACACGUUUUCUAACACCUAUGAGGCCGAACUUGCCGCGAUGCAUCGCCUGACAGGCGAUUGCCAGCUUGAAAGCCGGCAGAUCAGUCAAAAAUGCAAGGCUGCUUUUGAGAUGAUCCUAAACUUUGAAGGAUCAAAAAAGACAAUUGUCAAUCUGCAUAGCAUCUUCCCUCACCUUCGCAAUCCACGUCACCGGGAUUAUAGGGUUCGCUAUAGUCUUCUGCGAAGAUUCCGAUCCUUCAAUAAGGAUCACAUGGCCGCCUUUGAUGGCCUAAAGGCCAUACCGAAUGGUCUCUACUUUGUUAAUGGAUGUCCCGGUGCGGGCAAGACAGAGUGGAAUAUGGUCGUUUCUGCUUUGAUACAGUCAGUACGUCGCCCAGGUGCCAAAAAGCGGUAUAACCCUAUCCUGUUUCUUGUUGACCUCAACAAAACCGUCGAUGAUGCUGCGGACCGCUACUGGAACUUGGCAAAGGAGUGUGGUCUUCAUCUUCGCAUCAUUCGAAUGCACGGUUGGCCUUACGAAAUGAAGAACAGCGAGAGACUGGGCAAAAACCAGGCGCAAGACUGUGACCAACAAACGGACUUCACGAGAAAGUUUCUGACAACUGCCAGCAUCGAGAAGACUUUGAACGCCGGAAGAAACCCCAACAAGGCGCCAACGCUGGAUGAAGCUGCUUGGGACUACUAUGAAAAGCACAAACAUGGUGGGUUUGUGGCGCUCAAGAAAGUGCUCUCCAGAAUGGAGGCUAAUGACGCCUUGGACCACGACGAAUGGAAAUGUCUGAGAAAUGAAGUCACGAAACUAUACACCGCGGUUUUGAAGCAAGCGGACUUCAUAGCGACAACGCCUGUGGCCGCAUAUGGCGGCUUCUCGAAACUCUUUAAUCCGGAUAUUAUCUUCGUGGAUGAAGCGCCACAUGCAAGGGAGCUGACAACACUGAUUCCGAUUGCAUUCUUCGAACCCUUUGCUUGGAUUUUUACGGGUGAUGUCAAUCAGACCCGCCCCUUCGUGAAGAGUGGUGAUGCACGGGAUGCCCUGAAGAAAGGCCUUGAGGUAAAUCCGUAUUCUGAGCAGCUGCGUCUUAGUCUCAUGGCAAGGGCCAAUAGACUGGGGGCGAUCAAUAGUUCAUUGUUGAUCAACAAGCGAGCGCAUGGCAACUUGCACAAGCUGCCGUCGGAUCUCUUCUAUGGCGGAAAGAUGUCUUCUGAUUACCCAUCAUCGAUGCAGUUCCCGGAAACCGUUAGCUACCUAAGACGGCACCUUGAGGCCUUCGGUAGUGGACGAAGACUGAACGCGAACCGGGCUAUUAUUGCCCUUUCGGCGAGCAAAGAGGAAAGCCAUUGUCACAGUUUCUGGAACCCUGUGAAUCAUCGUUGGGUGUUGGCUGAAGUUAAAAAGCUUUUGCAGGACCCGUCAUUUCGAACCAUUACGGACAGUCAGCAGCCCGGACGUGUGAUGAUCCAGACACCAUAUAGUGUCUCCAUGCGUCAGUAUGCACAUGUGGUUAAAGGCUGGCCAAUUGAGUGGCAGGAGAGGACAGAAGUCUUGACGGUAGACAAGGCUCAAGGUAAUCAGGCAGAUGUGGUUUUCCUCGAUAUGGUGAGAACCACGAAGCCCGGCUUCAUGGACGAGGCACAACGCCUCAACGUGGCAAUAACCAGAGCCAGACAAGCGGAAAUUGUCCUGAUGCACCCUGCAAUGACUUUUCGCCUACGUCAGGGUAAGCGGGUACCGACUGAUUACACUUCAAAGGUCUGGGAGGAUGCAGUUGCGAACGAUCGCUUAUUCGUGGUCUGA